UAAUGAGAUGACUUUGACUAGUAACUAAAGAGAGUAUAAUCAGAACGAUUUAUUUUCAUUUUUCGCUAUACAGCUGUUAUUCAUAAUCUUGUUUUAUUUUAAUUUAGAUAAAAAAAAUAUCAUUUAUCCUUAUCUGUUAUUUAUUUGACUUUGAAGUAUACCUACGGCGUCUUAAAACGUGUGACAAUUUGUCAUUGAUAAAUAUCACAAUUUAUAUAUUAAUUGCUAAAUAAUAAAGACAAUCUUCCAGUUCCAAAUUUCGAUUUGUAUCCAGAGACCAAAAUGGCAUUAGUUGAAAAUAAAAAAAUUCUUGAAUUUUUGGAGUUAGUAGGCCGUUUAAAGCACGAGAAAAGAACAGGUUGGGUACUAUGCAACAUAAACAACUGCGAAUCCAUAGCGGGUCAUAUGUACCGCAUGGGUUUAAUGACAUUCUUACUCACCGAAGAAAACAAUCCAACCAAACUAGACAGAUUUAAAUGUUUACAAAUUGCUUUAGUACACGAUCUGGCUGAAUGUAUUGUGGGAGAUAUAACACCACACUGUGGAAUAUCUCCAGAGGAGAAGCACAAGAGAGAGGAUGAAGCAAUGAAAUCUAUUGCAGAGCUUACAGGUAUCGCUGGUGACAGAAUGUAUGAACUUUAUAAGGAAUAUGAGAAUCAAAGCUCACCCGAGGCUAAAUUUACAAAAGAUUUAGAUCGCUAUGAUAUGAUCCUUCAAGCUUAUGAAUAUGAGAAGAGAGAAAAUGCACCUAAGAAAUUAGAAGAAUUCUUUAAAGCAACAUAUGGAAAGUUUGACCAUCCUUUUAUUCAAGACCUAGCUAAAGAACUCUAUCAGCAGAGAGAAGAAUUUGAAAAGAAAGCUCUUGUAAAUGGAAAUGUAUAAGAAUAAUCAUUUCCUAUACUCUUUUCUGUAUAACUGUAUACUGCCAUUAGAUUGUUUUAUAUAUAUAUAAAACUGUCUGUUGCUGUUUCUACGUUGAGUUAUGUUAAGAAUAAACAUAUUUUCUACCUCUAUUUUUAUUUAAAAUUAAGUCAAUAUUAUUUUUAAAAUUGUAGUAAUUUUUUAUCUUUUGACCGGGGUGGUACCCCCCAAUUGAGUUAGAGCUUAUUAUUGUUACCUGUUGUUUAAGUUACACUUUUCACUUUGCUCGUAAUUUAUAAGAGAACUUGUAAUGUGUAACAUGUGACAUAUAUCUAAGAUAUUAGUUUUAAGAUCUAGAGUAUAUUAAUUUAAUACUAAGUAUUCAAAAUGUAUUGUUUUUGAUUGAUUACUUUUUCCAAUUAUAAUAUACAAAAUUAUGUUAUUUGAAAUGUAUCACAAUUAAAAUUAACAAUAGUAUGACAAAAAAUUAAUUCAUUUUAUUUAAACAUAUGAUUAUUCAUAUGACCAUAUGAUCGUAAUUAUAAUUAUCAUAGCUAUAAAUUGAAUAUCUAGAUAGUAAACCAAAAAGUCAUUGUAUAUGUUGUAAGCAUGAUAGUAUUUAUGUGAUGAGGGUCCAGUAUGACCCUAUGUUACAAUGUAUAUAUUCUCUAUGAGUUUUGCAAUAUUGUUUAGUUACAAUGUUUUGCAAUGUUAUUACUAAUGUUAUUAUUGUAGCCAAAUGAUUUUAGUAAAAGAUUGUGAUUGAAAAAUGAUUAAGGGUGAUGAUUUUGUUGAUUUUUUAAAUUGUAUGAUUUUCCAGAAACAUGUAAUUAUUUUAUUAUUUAUGUUAAUUCUAAAAAAGGAGAAUAUUGUUACUGUUUAGUUCUAAAUUUCGUAACUGGGGAUACAUCUCAAUUUAUAUUUGGUUGGUAAUAUUUAAUGUGAUAUUAAUA